UUCGAACUCACAACGGCAGAUACAGCGCCGACUCGGGAAGAUCUAGCAAAAAUAGCGUUCAAGAGGAGCAGGCAAGUAGAGCUUCGCUUCCACGCGAGAGCGACUCUUCUGCUCACUACGACUAUCAACUCCUCGCCAAUGUAGAUGAGGCAGACGGGGGAUGUGUACCGGCGCAUAUGAACGUUUCCAGCCAAUCUGAGCGGGCCUCAACGUCGCGCGGUCUUCCCAGCCCCAAUGCGCUGGUAUCAAGAUUCUCCCUUAACACCAUCGAUGGUAGCACAAGCCCAAAGUUCCAAAACCGCUUGCAAAGGCGGCGACCAUCUCAGACCGAGCUUCCUACAGUGCAAUCGUGUCAGUCUAUUCCAGAAGCUACAAUUCCUGGCAUCCCGGACAACGUCCGAGCCAAGUUCACACGCAGGCUGUCAAACACACCGGGAAUAGAAUGUCUUGAACAUACCUAUCCUACUAAAGAGCACAUCCUCACAGCUGGAUCGGAGGUCAGUACUGUUGCUCCGCUUCCGUCAGAGGCCUUUGCACAGUUAGCGGAAAUAGAGCCUGGACAGACUCCACGGCCUGUGCACAAGCGGCACAGGAGCCUAUCGCUAUUUCGCAGGAAGUCGACCGUCGAAAAUAAGGACGCCAACAAAAACAAUGUAAACGCCUCAGUUGGCGUUGUCGAUCUCGGAACCAUUGCGUCUUCACUUGGUAAUUCCCCGUACGACGCUGCAAUGUCUGUUCCACUACGGAAGACAGUCACAUCCCCUACUCAUCCUCACCAGCUUGGUGGCGCACAGCCGCGACCUAGGUCUAGGAUGGAUUCUGGGGAAGCUGCUGAGUUCGCGCGUAUCCGCAGCAAGGAUCGAGCGCUCGCCGAGCAAGAAAUGCCUCAACAGCAGCGCCAGCAGCGCAGGAGGAAGAGUUUCCACACUCUGAAGGAAGCUGACGAGGCGAAUGUAUCUAGGCGGCGUUAUCAAUCGGUCCACGACAUCCCACCCGUGCCGACCAUUGACAUCGCGAAGCACGGAGGAUCUAACCCGGCUCAGUUGGAGAUGGAGAUGGAGACUGAACGCAAAACCAAUGGCACCUUCAUUCCUCGAUCCCAAGCCAAAGGCGAGGUGGUCUCAGAGCUCGUCGAAAAAUACGACAAGCACGCACAAAACCCUCCAAUGCAAGUGCAAAUUUUGGACUGGGACGCGCACACAGAACACUGGAACCACCGUCGCAAGUCUAUCGGAGAGGGUCUACGCACUGAAGCAAGCUUUGGCGAAGCCUCUGCUUCCACAGUCAACUCCCGAAACAAGCUGCCAGAUCGCGAGGAGCUGGCAGCCUGGGGUAGAUUUAGCGGCGGAUUGGCCUACAACUAUGAAGGCCGUGGUGGCACCGGUGUGGGUGGCAGUGCAGGAACACGGUCACUCCACUCCAAAGCGAGCUCCAAGAGCAUGCAAUGGAAGCACCAAUAUGGCGUCGACUUGUCGGACGUUCCCAUCAUGUUGCAGCGCGUAUAA